ACCAGCACACAGGGGAAAGAGGAAAAUGAGAGGUUUCGCAAAGCAACAGGAAAACCGCAAUGAGAACACAUUCCAGGCAGAGCAGACCCUGUACGGGACAAUGAGGGGUGGGACAAAACUGUAAACUAUUUAAAAUCUGCAAUCUUGCCUUCAGAUCACGAACACAGACAACAACAAAAGAAAGGUCUUUACUUGGUGGCACAGAGCUUACGGUGUAGCGACACUUGUGAAGUUGUCACAGCGGAGGGUUGUCGGUGGUUUAUCAGCGCAGAUUUGGACCGAGAUGAGAUAGACUCGCCCUGCCAGGACAUAGCCGCCUUUUUUAUUUUCUACGUCUUUCACUUCUUCUUUAUAACUCACUUGUUAUCACCUGAACGGUUUCAGCUUUUAUUUAUUUUGGAGCAGAAAGCGAGCGGACGAACUUUCUUUCCUAGAAACGUCGUUUUGUCGUCUUCAAAGCAGGAAACGAUGUGAGCUCUCUUUGGAUGAAACAUCUGCAACUGAGCCGUUUAAACGAAAACUAAAGCGAUUUAAAUCCCUCUGGAAAUGGAGCCAGCUGUAUGUUAAACGUAUCUUGUACUUUUUGACACACUUUGGUCACGGAGGAGACACUUGAAGCUGACUUUGAUAUGGGAGACGAGCGGCGCUUACAUCUGUCACGUUGAACGGCGAGCAGAAAACAGAGAUGGGAAGCUCUGCUCUGCUCACAGUGGUGCUAGCUGGGGCAUUUCUGUGGAUCUCUGCUAUCCAUGCAGACUCCGAAGAUGAUGGGAAGCUGCUGUGUGCGUGCGAGAAUCAAAAAGGCACAUGUGUGAACGAAACCUGCAGAGGAGACCUCUGCUUUUACACUUGGGUGCAAGGCAACGAGGAGAAGGGUUGUUUCCCUGAGGCAAACUACCGGGAGCAAUGCUACACCUCCUUUGAGCGCUUCUAUGUCCACUGCUGCAGAAAGGACCUGUGCAACACCUAUGCCACACCACCUCCGGGUAUUGAUGGAGAAUCGACAGCAAUGCCCCCAGAACUCCCACGUCCAGAGCUGUGGAUCACCGUGGCCUUGCUACUGUUAAUCAUGGUUGUCAGUGUGUGUGGCCUGUUGGUGUUCCUGCGCUUCCGACGUGCCCACUGUCGACUGAGAAAUGUUGAGGACCAUGACGUCACCAUGCUUAAAGUCCCCAGUGGAGAUGACCCCACAUACGGCGAUAUCUUUGAUGAGUUUUGUACGUCAGGGAGUGGGACAGGGCUGCCCUAUCUGGUCCAAAGGACUAUGGCCAGACAGAUCUCACUUGUCGAGUGUGUCGGUAAAGGCAGGUAUGGGGAGGUGUGGAGAGGAACUUGGAUGGGGGAGAGUGUGGCUGUCAAGAUCUUCUCCUCUAGGGACGAGCAGUCCUGGUUCAGAGAGACAGAGAUCUACAAUACUGUGCAGCUGCGACAUGACAACAUACUGGGUUUCAUAGCCUCUGACAUGACAUCCAAGAAUUCCAGCACCCAGCUGUGGCUCGUCACCCACUUUCAUGAGCUGGGUUCACUCUACGACUUCUUGCAGUACAGCAGCUUGGAGCCUGAAAGCUGCCUGAGGAUGUGUCUGUCUGUGGCCUGUGGUCUGGUCCACCUCCACACUGAGAUUGUCAGCUCCCAGGGCAAGCCAGCUAUCGCCCACCGGGACCUGAAAAGUCGAAACAUCCUGGUAAAGCGGAACGGACAGUGCUGCAUCGCUGACCUUGGUUUGGCUGUGAUACACUCUCAGUCCAAUGACUACCUCGAUGUGGGCAACAAUCCUCGUGUGGGGACCAAGCGCUACAUGGCCCCUGAGGUGCUGGAUGAGAGUAUACGUACGGACGUCUUUGAGUCCUACAAGCAAACUGACAUCUGGGCCCUGGGUCUGGUUUUCUGGGAAAUUUCACGCAGGACCAUUGUCAAUGGGAUUGUGGAAGAGUACCGUCCUCCCUUCUUUGACAUGGUGCCCUCAGAUCCCAGCUUUGAGGAAAUGAAGAAGGUGGUGUGUGUGGACCAGCAGAGGCCCAGCUUGCACAACAGGCUUCAUUCCCAUCCGAUCCUGUCGGCCAUUGUGAAGAUCAUGAAGGAGUGCUGGUUCCAGAAUGCGCCAGCCCGCCUCACAGCGCUGCGGGUGAAGAAGACGCUUUCCAAACUGGACCACGACAGCGACUUCAGCAUCGAGAAACUCAAACGGGACAUCUAGACCAGAGCACCAGAAUGAAACAGGGCCACAAGAUUGAAACAGCUUGAAGGGAUUUUGCACCACAUUCCAACAGCAUUGGGUGCAUAUCAUUAGCAUAUUUUGAACUAAUGACUCACACAGUCACUGCAUUAUAUUAAAACCAUAUGACUUUGAACAGUAGUGUCUAGACUGUCCUGCACCCAAGGCUAUUUUCUUUGUUAGCCCAAUUUUCAUCUCCCAUAUUUCGGGUGCCUUAAACCAAGAGGCCCCUAAAAGAAAACCAAUGUGAUCAAAUAUUUCUUUUCAACUGCAAAAAACUUAGAUCAGACGACAGAGUGAUGAUCACAGAACAAUUCAUAGGCUGUUUUUCGACACACACAGGAUUUUAUUCAUCAUUCUGUAAACAUAGCGUGAUUACUCAUCGUCUUGGAUGAGAGGAAGUACAACAUAGUUUUGUUUUUGUCAUACUGGAGUUUCUCUGAAAUAAAAUUGCACUUGCGGGUUUUCCCAUAAUUACCAACACCACAGAAAAGAGAACAGAAAGAGCCUGGUUGUCCUUCACUAUAACUACAGGAAACAUGUAAGUAAUAACAUGCUCAUAACAAAGCACAUUACCUGUUUAACUUUUAUAAAAAUGAGCAUUUAUCAUCCGCACAUAGACGCAAUGAGCUAUUUAGUUGUACAUAUUUUAACUGUGGCUGUUGUCUUAUAUCACCAUUGGGUUUGUUGUAAAUAUUUAACCUAUUUCAAAAGGGGGUAUUAUUUUCUAUUAUUCAGCAAAGAGACACAUAUUAUUCAUUUUUAUGACACAACUUUUUUACAAAAUAUUUUUCUACAUUUCUGUAGGCCUAAAAUGUACCAUCACCAUCCCUAUGAAUUCACAACAGUUAAAAAGUAAAUAACUGACAUGUAAUAUUGUAUAUGUUGAAUAAAGGAUUGUAUUUUUCAAA